GUCGAAGGAUCGCAUGGGUAAGUCUCACGACGUCAAAAUCAGACCACCACCAACAUCGCUGGGAAAUGGUCUAAGCUCGUCCAUUUGGUCUUUAUUCGCUACUAGAAUUUUGAAAACACAGUCUGAUAUUCCCUUAUAAACUAUAGAUCAUGUUUAAAUCAUGUUUUAGAACUUCCGCAGCAUCUCCGGGCGCGAUGCCUAACACUGUUUAUAGAUAUACCUAAACCAUGAGCUUGAAAAUUAAGCAUGAUCUUGUCUUUCCAUUUCCAUUUCCACUUUCCAUUUCUCUUUUUUCUUCAUCUACGACCUAGGUUCGAUACUGCGAGAGUUGGAUGCCUUUUUCCCUCACAUUUGUGGAGAUAAAUCCUGAGAAAGUCAGCCUCCGCAGGCAUCGUCCUCCGCGCUAGGAUCUCCGGAUUUGCCAUUACCGCCGACUCCAAAAAUCUCAUGUACCAACGCUGUCGCAUCUAACAACGACAGGCAACAUGGCUGCAGUAUCGGCAGAUGCAGCUUUUCAAGCAAAAUCAUUAUACCGACAACUAUUGCGACAGGCAAACCAGUUCGCCUCAUAUAACUUCAGAGAAUACGCAAAGCGAAGAACGAAGGAUGCAUUUCGAGAGCACCAGAAAGAGACUGAUGAGAGGAUCAGACAGGACUUGAUACAGAAGGGACUAAAGGAGUUGCAGGUGAUGAAGAGGCAAACAGUUAUAAGUCAAUUCUACCAACUUGAUCGGCUAGUAGUCGAAGGUGGCAAAUCGGGCAAGCAAAAAGGUAGCUCCGGAGAGAUUGUGCGGCAAAAGGACACUGGAUUGGAUUGAAUAUCGGAUAUGAGCAGUGUACGAUUUUGAGUGUGCAUACGAGAGGGGAAUUUGUACCAUAUAGGCACGGCGUUGAAUAAACCCUCCCCCACACAACUGCCUCUCCACUAGAUACGCAACGCAUUCGCAAGAAACACGCACCAAAUUGGUUGCUAACUGUAUUAGAUGGCAUUUUGGUGUGCGAUUCACCAGCUCAUUGCAAGUACUGCGAAAUGAUCAAUUCUCAAAGUUUUUAAUACCUUUUCCGAUCGCAAUGGUCAGCUAGUAUAGUCGCGAAACCCAUGUGAUAUUUUAAUGUCGCAGUCAAGAUUCGCCUCUUGCAGAACUACACUCAUUCUCAAAUCUUCUCUUGCGGCAUGACUGAGAUGCACGAUAGUGAGUUUUGUGUCAUGUAGUAUUUAAACAUCAGCAGAUCACAGCUCUGUCUCAAGAUAUAUUUAUCCCAUUUCUAAGAUU